AUGCUGGAUUUCAUGGAUUAUGUCCAGCUUGCAUUCGCGGAGGCGACGAAUUGGAACACGGAUAAUUCUUACUCCGCUCUCACGACCACUGCACAACCUCAUGCAGUUGGUGCAGCGAUUCUAGAAUUCGAGACGCCCGAGCGAUUCCGUAUUCGACUAUCUUCGCUCUCAACCCCCCAUUUUGCGACCAGCUAUUCAUUAGGGACAGUGGGGCUGCUUGAUGGCUCUAUAUCAUACCUCUUCAGCACAGCACCUUUGUAUAAUACUCCGAGUCGAAGUGCCCUGAUACCCCUCCGAAAGAUCUCGCCAGGAUACCGACAAGUGCAGGUCCCCGAAGCGCCAAAUUUGACAUGGGGCUGGAAUUCACUCCUUGGAGAUGUCGACGAUUCCCGAUUCAAUAGGGGCACACGCUCGGGAAGCGCAGCACACCAUGAUGACCCCAAGUCAUUAGAAGGCGCAGCCCAGCGAAAGGCAACCCUUCUCCACGCAUCGCUUCAUCUUCCCUCACCGACCACGCUUUAUGCGCUGUUUUUGCGCAGAUUGUCCCCUACAACCCAGUUGUCCCUCGCGGUCUGCUCCACACGAGGGCCUCCAAUGUCCAAGUCCGCGCCGCAGGCGUCCAUGCUCGCCCAAUUGUCCCACGAUACUGGAAAAUACUGCAACGAAUAUCUCUUCAGUACAGACAAUGCGCUCUUUGGCUGGCGAGGGCUUUGGAACUUUGGCGCGGAUCCUCGAUAUACCCCCGACAAUGCGCCUUCUCGCCCUUCUUUGCUCUCUGCGGGUGCUGAAGCGUAUUACUCUCCGGUCUCCUCAAUAAUUGGCAUGUCCACAGGCCUGAGAUUCAGCACCCUGCCUGCUGCGACUGAAACACCGUUCUCACCCUCGUCAUCAGCCUCCAUCACGCCCACGCCAAUCUCGACUUUCCCAUACACAUUGACCUUGACGCUCACUCCCAUCACCGGGUCCUUAUCUACGACAUACUCGCUGCGCGCUUCUCCGAAUCUGUCCUUCAGCUCUAAGUUCGGGUUCAAUGUUUACAGUUGGGAAAGCGAGAUGGUUGCUGGAUGUGAGCUAUGGCAGCGAUCACGGAAAUCGACAUCACCGUCCGACGAUGGGGUAGAAUGGGCCCGUCGCAAGAUGCGUAUGUAUGACUCUUCUACGCCUCUUGACGGCACCCUGCCGUCUUCUCCGUAUGUGUCCGACCCCAUUCAACCUGAUUCCGUGACUGGGUCGGAGGCCGACGUCGAGGGCGAGGCCAGCGAUUCGGUGAUUAAACUCCGGGUAGAUCAAUCGUGGAAUGUGCGACUCCUUUGGGAAGGCCGCGUCAAGGAGUUGCUGGUGAGUGCAGGGGUAGGCCUGGGUCCGGGCUCCUUCUCGACGGCUCCUCACGUCUCCUCCGUCGCGGGGAGUGGGUCGACGCAAAGUGGAGGCGGCGGCCCUGCCACGUCGUACUGGCGCGGAGUUGGGGUCUCGGUCAUGUACUCAUCAUGA